AUGGAUAAUCAACCAAUUGACAUCAACUAUUAUUCAAACACAACUGUCCCAAAUGCAUUGGCAGAAUUAAUGGAUAAUCAUAAUAAGUUACAACAAAUUUCAUUAUAUUGCAAAUCACUUUCAGCCAAUGGUUCAGAUCCAAACGAAGCCUAUGAACAAACACAAAGUUAUGCUAAAAAUGCACUUUUAAAUGUAGCCUAUCAUAUUCAAACUGUUGGAACUCAUAUCACCUCACUUUUACAAUUACAAACAAAUGAAUUAGAAAAAUUAAACAUUCAAGUUCAAACAAUCACACAGAGAGUUAAAAUGAUUCAUGAUUCAACAGGUACAAAUGUAUUUUCAAUGCCAGAUGCAGCAAAACCAUAUAAAUCAUCAUUAAAAGAUAGAAAAGUCGAAUUAGAUACAGCUAAACCACCAGUUAAAUAUGUACAUAAACCAGUUCAAUAUGGUAUGAGCGAAAUUGGAGGUGCAGGUAAUAACGGAUCAGCCCCACAAUUAAACCAUUCAAAUUCAUCAGCAAAUCUCAACAGUUCAAAUGCUGCUGCUCCACCACCAUCAUUAUCUGUACCACCAUCAAUUCCACAAAGAAAUACUGCCCCUUCUGCUGCUCCACCACCACCACCAUCAUUUGGAGGCGGUGAUUUCCCACCACCACCACCAUCAUUCGGUCUUCCACCACCACCAUCUGGUGAUUUCCCACCACCAGCAUUUGGUGAUUUACCUCCACCACCAGCAUUUGAUUUACCUCCACCACCACCAACUUCAUUUGGAGAUAUUCCACCACCACCAAGACCUAUGUCUCAACUUUACGAUUUACCACCACCACCACCACCACAAUAA